AGAUGUCUGAAGAAGAUCAGUCAGCUCCGAAUGGUUCGGUACCUGGUCCGGACGCUAAGGCUUGGCCGGAACUUACAGUUGAUCUCGAACCCGAAGUGUGGAGAGCUUUGUAUCGAGAAAAACACGGUGAAAAAUUCCGAUGCUCAGUUGAAAUGCUCAUGGAACUUGAGGAAAUUUCGUGUGAAAUUGAGGCUGAACAGAAGCUUCUCGAUAUCCUUGUGAAAGUCACAUUCAUUGAAAGAAAUCUGUGUUUGAAUGGCCCACAAAGUGGAGAGAGUCUCUUCGAAAGUCUGGAAGAAGCUAGAUCGGAUGAGCAGCCACUGUUAUUCGCAACGGUCUCCGAUCUGACAUCAUUCUGUGACUCCAUGAAGCCAAUAUUCCAAACCGAGAAAGUGAAGGGUACACUUAUAUAUCGCAAUUCUGGAUAUCAAUCUCGUCGUUUCAUUCAAUACAUUCGUAGAAGACUUGAGCCUGGUGACGUCAUCGAUUCCACAACUUUUCGUCAAGUAAUUCAAGACUUUCAAGAGACAAUUGGCGUUCCUGAUUCUGUGAAGACUUUUGCAAAAAGUGAGCUGACGCUUGAUUUUACCUCUCUGCGUACUGUGGCGCGCAAUGUUCCAGGAUUUCGAUAUGAUAAAAGCCUAGAACGCCUCGAUUUGACACCAGAAGCUGAACAUCAUCUUCCACUCCAUUUGCCAAUUUUCACGGAAACUCUCGAUUUCAACAACCCGCAUAAACACGACUAUUCACGAGUAUUCUCUUGUUAUGUUAGAAACGAUUGCACCCAAUACCCAAAUCGAUUGAAGGGAACUGUCGUUUCUGAGACUGGGCUUGGAAUCGGUUUUAUGUGCUUCCAGGACAACAUGAAAGACUAUCUUGGCAAUGAUUUGGAAAAGGGCACAUUCAAUGCAGCCAAUUACAGAUUUCUCGCCGUAGAAGGAAACAUUAAUCCCAGCAACCUUUACGAACAAUUUGAAGUGUUCAAAGUGGUGAACAUUCCCUUCGGCUUUGACAACAAUCUUGUCACAACCGGGAACGAAACGAUCUACCGGGUGCAUUUCAAUUUGGAAAAAGUGGACUCAACGUUUGAAAAUGUGCAAACCGAACUUGAAGCUACUCUAAGACGUGUAGUUCACCGAACUCGGAAAUCGAAAGAAGACAACGAUAAUUCGGAUGAUUAAUGAGCCCGCGGACCAGAAGUUUUUCAUCAAUUACUCUAAUUUUUAACGUGCAUAAUGUUUUUCAUGAUCUCCCAUGUUGAAUGAAUUUAUUUUUGAAAAAGCUCACUUGCUCCUCAAUCACAAACCAUAUCUUAUUCUUCAUCCCAACCCCAUUGUUUUCCAUUGUUUUAUCAAUUUUUCACACAUAUCUUCAUUUAUUUAUUACGUUUUUUUUUUCCAAAAUAAACUGAGAAUCGCUGUUG